AUGGGACAAAAGGAGGAUUAUCGAGACAAGUAUACGCUGUGUUCGUUCUUUUCGGUCUUCCUGGAGCUGCGCCAGACACACCGCGUUCACGAUGUGCUCGGUUUUGCCGUUUCACAUCCUCAGGAGUUCAGGUGGACCGAAAAAGAAGGUUUGGCCGAGUUCCUCACUUCAGUACUGACUUGGAUGCCCCGUACAAUAUAUAGGGUCCUUCACUAUGAGCGUAUGCGGGAUGAUGGGAAGCUUAUUGAUCUUGUUGCCUCGGCUGCGGCCAGACUCGAGACCUCAGUGGGGGAAAUAAACAGUGAGCUGGCGACGGCGAAAUACUUAAUCGAAAACGGCCGGGUCAGCGAAGGAAUCCAAGCUUGGUACGAGGUUGCCUCCCCCGACGACCCCGAUGUCUUGGAUAUGAGAUGGUUUUGGGCGUGGUCACAGAUUCGCUUAGCGGCCGUGUGUCUAUAUCAUCCAGAGAUUCCAUUCUGCGACGGGUCCCCUCUGAGAUUGGAUAAAACGGCCGAGUUUAGUGAUAUCUGUCUGGUGAUCUCGAGUUGGCUGCGGGAUCAUGGUGAUCUUGUAAACGCCCGAACAGCUCUCCGCGGACGUGUGAAGGAAAGUAUCGAGCUGUUAUUGGAUGAUGAUCCUUCCAACGAUAAUGACGCCUUCAUCAGCCUCUUGCAGACAUUUCUGACGGCUGCGGACAGUGAUGAAGAUCUGAAUGGGGCCUUGUAUUUGACCAAGGCCUGGUACAGGGACUAUCUGCGGGGAGCGCAGAAAGACAAUCCCAUAUCCGAAGCCGUGGCAGUGUCUUGCGAUGACAGCGGGAAUUUUCAAGACGGCGUCACCGAAUCUUUGAACCAAGUGCAUCUUGCCGAUGACGAGACACAACGACCGGAUGAAGAGGUUUCUGAACGCCAGACCCCGUACACAAUCGAGUAUUUCGCCGAGUGUUCGAACUGCAAGUGUGAUAUGAGGUCGAUAUGCCACUGGUACUUGUGUCGUUCCUGCCCAUUCAUGAUGCUGUGCGAUUGGUGCUACCACGAUAUCCAGUCAGCCAUAUGCCAGUCGGGUGCGUCCCAUCCCCCGGGCAUCUGCGACCCUCGGCACGAGUUUUAUUAUACCGGCCCUCUGAACGUGUGCCUGAGGGGAUGA